CCAUCCCGGCGGAGCGGGGCGAUCGCGGCGGUCGCUGCCGAUGGAGGCGGAGCCGCUGCUGCCCCCGCGGGGCUGGCGGGGGGCCCGGGGGCUGCGGCGGGACGGGGGCGCCCAGCGCGGCUUUGUAGAAAACUGAUGCUGCUGAAUCACAUGGAACAUAAAAUUGUCUGGGACUCGGAUCAAUGGUGCUUUCUUGCAGCCUGCAGAACGCUGUGCUAGCACUGGGACUGAUGCAGUCUCAUUGUAUCCUGUGCUGGAUUUGCUGUCUCCUGGGAGGGGAUGGUCCUGGAGCUGAUAGUGACCUGUAUAUAAACCAAGCUAUAGUAUUUAUUGAAGAUGCAAUACAGUAUCGAUCUAUAAAUCACCGUGUGGACUUCAAUUCCCUGUGGCUUUAUCGAUGGUACUAUUCAAGAAUUUGGCAGUGGAUUUUAAGUUUAACCAUUACUAUAAUCCUGGCUUUAGCUUUCAUUGAAAAGCCUUCUUCGCUUACUGUCACAUCAGAUGUCCGAUAUCGCCUCCCUGCAUGGAAUCCUCCCUGUGGCCUAACAGAAAGCAUUGAGCUGCUUUGCUUUCUUGUGUUCAUGGUUGAUGUAUCUGUGAAGAGUUACUUAAUUGGAUGGGAAGAAUUCUGGAAAAAUAAAUGGCUAAUGGCUUAUAUACUGACAUUAAUUGUCUCUGUUACUGAUUGGAUUGUAUCGCUGAGUUUUUUCUGUGCGGAGGAUGUGCGAAUACGAAGAAUUCUUCGUCCUUUCUUUCUCCUUCAGAAUUCUUCUAUGAUGAAGAAAACAUUAAAAAGCAUCAACAGCACAUUGCCUGAAAUGGCGAGUGUUGUUCUACUACUGGCUGUUCAUCUGUCUCUCUUUACCAUGUUUGCGAUGCUACUGUUUGCUCGAACCAAGGAUGGCCAGCAGGAUAAGGAGUGGCUGAGUUAUUUCCGGAAUUUGCCAGAUUCACUGACAUCACUGCUGGUGCUGCUCACUACUGCAAAUAAUCCUGAUGUCAUGAUUCCCGCAUAUUCUAAGAAUCGAGCGUAUUCAAUCUUCUUCAUACUCUUCACUGUGUUAGGCAACUUGUUUCUUAUGAACUUGCUUACAGCAAUAAUAUACAACCAGUUUCGAGGCUAUCUUCUGAAAUCAGUUCAGUCGUCCCUCUUCAGGAGGCGAUUGGGAAUCCGGGCUGCGUUUGAAGUGCUUUCUUCCUUGAAAGAGGCUCCUGCUAAUGCACAACAGUCGUAUGUCAGCACUGGGGCCUUACUACAAGUGCUGCAGAAAGUUGAAAUGGAUUCUCGCUGCAAGCAAGCCAUCAUGAGAUCACUCAAAACGUGCUCCUGUGACCAGCUGUCAGCUGCCCAGUUUCAGAAGCUCUUUGAAGAACUAGACAAAGAUGCCAUUAAGCAACAUCCUCCCAGUCCAGAGUACCAAUCCCAUUUUAUGCAGAAAAUGCAGUUAGCCUUUGGCCAUCCCUACUUUGGCUACUUGGGGAAUGUAGUAGCCCUUGCAAACAUUAUUUCUAUCUGCGUGGUUUUAGUGAUGGAUGCAGAUAAGCAGCCUUCUGAAAGAGAUGACUUCUUCCUUGGGGCCAUCAACUGCUUCUUCAUCCUAUACUAUCUGCUGGAAAUGUUGCUGAAAAUCCUAGCUAUGGGCUUGAAAAGAUACCUGUCAUACCCAAGCAAUAGGUUUGAUGGACUUCUGACUGUAAUUUUGCUGGCUUUGGAGAUUGCUACUUUUGCUGUGUAUGGAUUUCCUCAUCCUGGUUGGAGACCCGAGUUCAUGGGCUUGUUAUCCCUGUGGGAUAUGGUGCGAUUGGUGAACAUGUUAAUUGUGUUCAGGUUCCUGCGGAUUAUUCCUAAUAUGAAGUUCAUGUCUUUGGUUGUUACUACAUUGCUGGAUUUGGUGAAAAACUUGAGAGCCUUUGCAGGAAUCCUUGUGGUGGUUUUCUAUGCAUUUGCUAUAACUGGCAUCAUGCUCUUUAAAGGUGCUGUUGUUCCCCUGGGAAAUACCAGUGCUGUCAAUACCACAUAUGAUAAUGGCACUUUGCUGUGUGGGACCUAUGAGCAGCUGGAAUAUUGGCCGAACAACUUUGAUGACUUUGCAGCAGCAGUCGUGACCCUCUGGGAUGUGAUGGUUGUAAACAACUGGCAAGUCUUUUUGGAAGCGUUUUCAAGAUAUUCAAGCCCGUGGGCAAAGAUCUAUUUUGUAGCCUGGUGGUUGAUCUCCUCUGUCAUCUGGGUUAAUCUCUUUGUUGCUUUACUUCUAGAGAACUUUAUUCACAAGUGGGACCGUCGCUGUCAUCGGGAGCCUGUUUCGGAUAUUGAAUACCAGAGGACAGUUGAACUAAUGUUCAGAGAUGUUUUGGAAGAACCUACAGAGGAAGAGUUGAUGGAAAAACUGCACCAGCACCCACACCUGCAGUUAUGUAGGUGACUGGCGGGAAGGACUGAUGUAUUUAGACCUCUGUUUUCUUGAGGUUGUCAGCUGGAAGAAACUGACUGGAUUUGCUGAGGUGCUGUUUUAGGAGAGAGCCAGGAUGUGAGGUUUUACUUGGCAAUUCUCUGCAGAAAGAGGCUUUUUAUUUUUGGUUCAUAUUUUUUUUUUUCUGAAAAGAUUUGAAUCUUGCUAAUUUGACUUGAUUUUAAGUUGCAAUUUUAGAGGACUAUUGCAGCUGUUAUUUUUAUAAACUAUUAUCAGAAUAUUUUAUUUUCUUUUUUUAGGAAGGGAAAGUGUGUUUAAAAUGGCAGUGCACUUUAAAACAUGAACUUUGUAACCACUAAGCCUACUACUUUUUUCCAGCACAAAAAAACCCCGGAACUGCAUUUUCUGGUAGGCGAGUUUGGCAAGGGCUGUUGAAUGGAUUAGGCAGGACCAGAACAAAAUCCUUAAUCUUUCUGUAGUCAGAGUUGAAACACUGUUUUUAUUGAAAUGUGACACCAGCGUAUUUUACCAAAUUUUCAGGAGUUAAUCACUUCAGAACACAAUCAAUUCCAACUCAGUUACAGGGAGUGCCUGCUUCACGCACCCUCUUUUUCUUUGUUUUGAUCUAGAGUUCACACUGUUUGCAUCGUGCUGGUAACUUUGAGAGCAGUUAUGACUUUGAAUGGAGGAAUUGCACUCGUGGUUUUCAAUGUGGUAACACUGAGCUCUCCUUUAGAGUAAAUAUUCUCACGUUGCUUUUAUAGAACCUCUUCUUCUUUCUUCCAAGUCCUGUUCUCCACUGUAUCACGUUCCAUGAAAAAAUGGAGAGGAUUGAACUUUGGCUGGAAUGUAUCACUGUGAUCACUGUGAGUUUCCCACUUCAAGGGGGAAGAGAAGAAAAGGUUGAAUGGGAUAAUCAAACUGCUUAGCCGUUCAAAUGUUCGUGUGAGUCUGUGGGAAUUGAAAGUGCUUAACCAGUACUGCCAGAUCACAUUCUUUUAUGGCAUAAUGACCACAUGCUGUAUGCCACUAAUUUUCACCUAGGCAGUGUUUUUUUGGUUUAUAACGUUGUCAACAAAUCUAAAAUGGAGAAUUAACAGGAAGCCAUGCCCACAUGCUUUUCAUUAUCUCUUAGUAUUUGCCUGAAAAAGGUGUCUCUGUAUCUUGGUCACAUAACUAGUGAAUCACUAUGAAGAAUACAAUCAAUCCCAACUACUUUUUUGAUCUGUAAAAAUAAACCAGCCUUUGGGGUGCUGCCUUGUCUUUGAGAUGCUUGUCACCAAAGUAGACGUUAUUGCGAUCAUAUCUGCAUUGACAAAGGCAUAGGAAGCUAAUUGGCCAUAAAACACUGCUACUCUUUAUAAGGUAUUUGAUCCUUUUUUAGAGUACGAGACUUUUUUUUACAAGUGCCACACAGUCAUCCUUUAUACGUUUCCUCCUCUCUUUAGUCGUUCAUCUUUUUCUUUCCUCUAUAACAGAGAUGAAAUCGUCUGGAAUGAUGCUGGAUUUCAGCUCAGAAGCAUAUUUCUGCAUUAUUGUCUCACUGUUUAGAAAUUGCAUAGUGAUUCUUGACUAUGUUGAUUUAUCUUGAUUCUUGACUAGUUUCUUUAUCUUCUGCUUGUAUUUUCCUUGUGCUGUGGGGCAAAAUAUGUGUUGUAGCUUGCAUUUUGGUAGAACAAAUGUGAACUGAGCUCUGAGUCACUCCAGCAACCUUUCUUUACUUUUGUAAUCUUGCCUCUUAAGCCUUGCUCUGGUCUGUGUUCAGUCUGUUGUCUCUGUUCCAGAAAAAUCCAACCAGUAAUUCACUUGCACUGGCUUCAGUGGCAUUACCAUGCUUACUUUCAGUCGUGCUCUUAGAACACACGUAAUGGCAAGUAGAUAGAGGCAUCAGCACACAACUUUUCUAGGACUGGGUAUGUUUUUUUCAGUACGGUUUUACAUCAGGAUGGUUUCUGCUCCUUCUAGCGUGAUGUCAGCACUGCUACUAAUUUCUUAGCACUUAAUAACAGAGAUUAAAUUCUCUAUUUUACCUUUUUACUGAAUUUUUUAUCCUUGUUUUCCACUUUUCUGAAUACUCAGAGAAGUAGCAUUGCCAAAAGAAGUGGCCAGUUUUUAUCUGCCUGCAAGUUUAAUUUUUUUUUUUGUGUGUGUGUUUUAAGGCUGUUUGAGUGGGUUUUUUUUGCCAUUACGUUCCACUACAAUCUACCAAAGCAACACAAAUUGGUGUGGGAUUAUUAUAAACGUCACAGAUGUCUUCAUUAUGCACUCUUUGUAUCUGGACAGAUGUGAAGAAUGCUUUCUGAAGGGAAUGGUCUUAGUCUUGUUCCUGUUUCAUGCUUGUAUAAUUGCCUGAAAGUGUAAUUGCAA